AUGAGGGAAAGGAGGACAGUAGACUCUUCUAGUUCGGCUGCAGAUCCGAGUGAAGGGAUGGGGACUUUAAGGCUGAAGCGAGAGGUUGGACUGAUUAGUGCCGUGUCGUUAAUUGCUGGAACCAUGAUAGGGUCUGGGAUCUUUAUGUCUCCAGAGUGGGUGCUGUACCAUAUGGGUAGCCCUGCAGGCAGUCUCAUCAUCUGGGCUGCUUGUGGUCUGCUGGUCAUGUUUGGAGCCCUGUCUUAUGCUGAGCUUGGGACCAUAAUUAAAGAGUCAGGUGGGGACUAUAUUUAUAUCUUAAGGAAUUUUGGCUCUCUUCCUGCUUUUCUUUUCGCAUACACUUCCAUCAUCGUGGUAAGGCCUGCCAGCGUGGCAGGUGUCUCUUUAAGCUUUGCCAAAUAUGCUGUUGCUCCAUUUUACCAAGGAUGCUCAACCCCUGAGGUAGUGGUCAAGUGUACAGCCGCUAGCUGUAUCCUGCUUUUAACCAUCAUUAAUUGUCUCAAUGUGAGGCUGGCCACAGCCAUUAUGAACAUAUUUACAGCGGCCAAACUGUUAGUUUUGCUGGUCAUCGUGAUAGGCGGAGUGGUGUUACUCAUCAAUGGACAUACACAAAGUUUCCAGAAUGCCUUUCAAAACACAACUACAGGUAUUGGGCCAGUUGGAGUGGCAUUUUAUCAGGGACUGUGGUCCUAUGAUGGAUGGAACAACCUGAAUUUUGUGACCGAGGAACUUAAGAAGCCUGAAGUGAACCUUCCAAGAGCAAUGAUGAUUGCCAUUCCUUUGGUGACAUGCCUAUAUGUGCUGGUAAACGUAAGCUACUUCGCAGCCCUGACUCCAGCUGAACUUCUGUCUUCGGGCGCUGUGGCCAUCAGCUGGGGGAAUAAAGUCCUGGGCAACUGGGUCUGGGUGAUCUCCUUGUCAGUUGCGCUGUCUUCAUUUGGGUCAGCGAAUGGAACAUUUUUCAGUGGAGGCCGUGUGUGCUAUAUUGCUUCAAGGGAAGGCCAUAUGCCAGAUAUUCUGUCCAUGGCUCAUGUGAGAUGCCUCACGCCUUCCCCUGCUCUGAUAUUUACAUCAGCCAUGGCUUUAAUAAUGAUAAUACCAGGAAACUUCAGCAGCAUAGUAAACUUCUUCAGUUUUACAGCUUGGCUUUUCUAUGGCACAACUAUUGCUGGUCUCCUGUACUUAAAGAUUAAGAAACCGGAACUGCCAAGAUCAUAUAAGGUUCCAAUUAUUAUACCAAUAAUUGUGCUGAUUGCAUCUGUAUACCUGGUGCUGGCUCCAGUCAUCGACCAACCACAGAUCGAGUUCUUCUAUGUCAUCCUAUUCAUCCUUAGUGGUAUCAUUGUUUACUUCCCAUUAGUUCAUUACAAAUGCCAUCCCCAGUUUUUACAGAGAAUCACUUUGCAUCUCCAGCUGCUCCUGGAAGUUGCCCCGACUGCUAAGAACACGAACUGAUUUAACAUUCACUGUACUAUACUGUUGGCUGCUCCUACUUAUUUAUUCCAAUAUUGAAGACCAUAUUUGUUUGAGAUAUAUGUGCAAAAUAGCUUGUUCAUAGGGAAAGCAGAAUAACUACAUUAAGUAGAUUGGAAGAAAAUGGAACAAAAACAUCUGGUAGAUAGAUA